AUGACCGACGUCAAUCCUUUCCGCGAGACACGUAAUUACAGGGUGUACGAGCAAGGCGUGCUUCUCGCAAUACUCAACCGACACUUCUCCAUAACACUUGUCUCUCCAAAGAAGCGCUCUGUUGUAGCCAAACAGUUCUUGACAGUCAGGUACCUUAAAAAGCAGACAGACGUUGUCGACGUCGAGGACUUCAUUCAACGACGGUUAAAAGAGAUUCAAACAAACGCAAUCAAACUCGGAACACCAGAAAAAACAGCAACAAGGAGAGGGGAGAAUACAAGGAUAGUCGAAAGUAUUCACAUUUUGAUUGAUAUAGUGAGGGAGUUGGGGUAUCGGACUGAAAGCAAAGUGAAUGAGGGGAGGAAUGGAAACGUCUCAACAGAAACAAUAGUGACUAUUUACAUCGAUAAGAAGGUCUUAAAGAAGGAGGACAUCGUGAGAAAUGGGCUGGCUAUUAACAAUUUCCUCGACAGUUUACUUGUAGCAAAUGAGACAAUAAUCAUCUCUAAGUUCGACAAAACACUGGAUGCGUUACUCAACGGGUAA